AUGGACUCCAGUGUCUUGGCUUGUGAUAAAACUCAGCUGGGCCUUUUGUACCUUCUCAAAGAUGUGCAUAGGCCUGUCCCCUCUUCCAGUCUUUCCCAGCCCUGCCACGCCACAGGUGAUGCCACAAAAGACCAAGCCACCCUGGUUGAACAAGUAAAAAGAGUAAAAGAAAUUGAAGCCAUUGAAAGUGAUUCUUUUGUUCAGCAGACAUUCAGAUCAAGUAAAGAAGUCAAAAAGUCUGUGGAGCCUGGUGAGGUGAAGCACGCAGCUGCGACAUCAGGACCAGCAACAGUAGUUCCUGACCCUCCCAGUAGUGAAAAAGAAAUAGACCCCAGCAGCAUCCCCACUGCCAUCAAGUACCAAGAUGACAACUCUCUGGCCCAUCCGAAUUUAUUUAUUGAGAAAGCUGAUGCUGAGGAAAAGUGGUUCAAGAGAUUAAUUGCUCUCCGACAAGAAAGGUUAAUGGGCAGUCCUGUGGCCUAAGUAAUAUAUUUAUGGUUGAAUUAAUAGUAACAUUGGAAAUUUAGGUUUUUAAAUCCCAAUAUUAACUUUUUACUCUUAAAAAGCAGUUAGCUGAUUAUGUGAAAAGGUAAUAUUUCAUUCAUUUCUCAUGUAGGCUUGAAUAUUUGUUGAUUUGAACUUAAUCAAACAUUGUGAAUAUUAAAACUAGUGUAAAAUUUAACAAUGCAUGAAAAUAUCAUAUUGUUAAUAAAGUUAAUCCUAAAAAUAUCAGUGGUAAAAUAAAUGGUACACAGUAGUGUUUGAGUAAAAUUGGAAAAAUACCAAGUCGUGACAAUUUUGAUUAAUCAUGCAUAUGUAAGAAUCAGACUAUAUGCUAUCCAUGUGAGAUUUCAUCUUCCAUGUAUUAUGAAACCAUUUUUGAAUUUUAUUUCAGCUUAUUGUAAAAAUUUAGGCAGAAUAAAAAGCACUGUAAACAAUCUAAGUAGAAUGAGCAUGUUAAUCCUAGAGGAAAAAAAUAUUUUUUGAAAAACAUUUCUUGAAAAUUAAAUAAAUUGAUGAUUUAUUGCUUAGAGAUCAGCAUUUACUAAGUGUUCCUUUUAAAAAUGUUAGCAGAUUCCAGCUCAUUCCUCUAGAAACCAUAUGUUCAUGGUAGACCUCAUCAGUUGACCAAAUACCCGUGAUGGAGAAAUCAUUUCUGAGAAAGCUGGUAAGAGCUCUCACUUCAAUCUUACUUACCCAACUGCUAUUCCCUACAGAGGAAGCCAGCUAAUUGUAAUUUUGAUAAAGCUAUCUGUCAUUGUAGAAUACCUUUCUCUAGUAGCUGAAUGAAAAUCAAGUAUGCAUUCCAUACUAAACAUGCCAGAGAUAAAGAUUUCUAGGCCUUGCCUUACAAAACUAGUUUUCAGCAGCUGAUGUGAAUAUUUCCCUUCUCUUUUGUUCUGUUGUCUGGUCUCACUCUAAUUUGGUCUCUAUGAAGACUGUGCCUUGGAAUACAAGAUAAACCUGAAAAGUUUUUAGGAGAAGAUUACCAAUAUAUAGGACACCUUAAAGCCAUCUUUGCUAUAUUUCUGGAACUACUAAAAUUCUAAUUCCUGUUAAAAUUUUUUUAAAAAUAGGGGCGCUUGGCUCAGUCAGUUAA